CCCCCUCCACAGGAUUUUGUUUCAAGGGGUAUCAGACUUGACUUCAACUUUGCGCGUGUGCGCCAGUCCUUCUCUAUUCAAGAUCUCUUUUCGGGUCCACCCUUGACACCAUCUCAGGCCCUCCAAGAUGGCAGCCAUGAACGAAAAGGACCAGUAUGUCAUUGACGGUGCCGAGUCACCUAACCACGGCAUCAAGGACAUUAUCCACGAGAAGGGCAACAACAUUGGCGAAGCCGCCGAUCUCUACGGCGAUGUGCAGACGGCUGAGCAGUACGGAUACGUCCAGCGUGGCCUCAAGUCGCGACACAUCCAGUUCAUCGCACUCGGUGGUACUAUCGGUACUGGUCUCUUCCUCGGUAUCGCCAGUGCUUUCGCCAACGCCGGUCCUCUGUCUGUCCUACUUGGUUACACCAUCACUGGUGUUGCUGUUUUCGGAAUGAUGCAAUGUCUUGGUGAGAUGGCUACCUGGCUCCCUCUUCCCGGUGCUCUUCCUCAGUACUGCGCUCGUUACACGGAUCCCGCUCUUGGCUUCGCUGUUGGCUGGAACAACUGGUACCAGAAUGCCAUCACUCUUUGUGCUGAGAUUUCUGCUGCCGCUCUUGUCAUCAACUACUGGGACCAAGAGGGCAAGGUAUCGCCUGCUGUUUGGAUAACCAUCAUCAUCGUCAUCAUCAUCGCGCUCAACAUUUUCGCCGUCAGCAUCUAUGGUGAGGCGGAAUUCAUCUUUGCGUCGGUCAAGAUCAUUACCAUCCUCGGCCUCCUCAUCGUCGCUCUUGUCAUCAUGCUUGGUGGUGCCCCAGAUCACGACCGCCGCGGGUUCAGAUACUGGAAGGAGGGUGCGAUGAAGGAGUACGUCGGCACUGGCAGCACCGGCCGCUUCACUGGUCUGUGGUCUACCCUCGUCAACGCUGCCUUCUCCUACGGCGGUGUCGAGAUGGUGGCCGUUGCCGCUGGUGAGGCCGCCAACCCCCGCAAGAACAUCCCCAAGGCCGUUCGUCGCGUGUUCUGGCGUAUCCUGUUCUUCUACGUCCUUGGUUCCUUCAUGAUUGGUGUCACCGUGUCCAGCAAUGACCCUGCGCUUACCGACGACAACGCCAAGGGUGCUCAGAGCUCUCCCUGGGUCAUCGCCAUGAAGAAUGCCGGUAUCCCGGUUCUGCCUCACAUCAUCAACGCUGUCAUCUUGACAUCAGCCACCUCAUCCGGCAACGCCUUCUUGUACUCCGGCUCGCGUUACAUGUUCGCUCUUGCGCAGAACGGCCAGGCUCCCAAGUUCCUCCUGAAGUGCACCAAGACCGGUGUCCCACUGUACUGCGUUCUCAUCACCGCCUCCAUCAGUCUCCUCACCUACAUGAGUGUCUCCACUGGUGCCAAUACCGUCUUCCUGUGGUUCCAGAAUUUGACCACCAUUGCCCAGCUCUUCACCUGGUGCUCCGUCUGUUACACCUACACCCGUUUCCAGAAGGCACUUAUCGCUCAGGGUGUCGACCGCGACACUCUGGUCUUCAAGAGCAAGUGGCAACCCUACACCGCCUGGAUCGCUUUCGUAUACUUCGCCCUGAUCAUUGUCUUCAACGGCUUCAAGGUUUUCACCCAGACCAAGGGCGGCUGGGGCUCCGACCAGCUCACUUCCUUCUUCACCGCUUACGUCGGUGUUCCCAUUUUCUUCAUCCUGUAUGCUUUCUGGAAGAUCUUCAAGCGCACAAAGUUCGUCAACCCCGCCGAGGCCGAUAUCUGGUCCGGCAAGGCAGCUCUCGAUGCUGAAGUGUGGCCUGAGCAGGUCCCUAGGAAUGCUCUCGAGAAGUUCUGGUUCUGGUUGUGCUAGAAGCUGUGUGCCAAAGGCAUGUGUUUUGUUUCCCUUCGUAGCGAGCUCGAUAUCCAUGAAUCUAUAUUUGAACUACGACUGUUAGCUGCAACUUGUAACCAU